AAACAUGCUGUGUAUAAAUCACAACUACCAAUAAUUGUCAUCAUCUACCUGAUGAUGGUGAGGGAUGGUGUGACCUUCCUGUGUGGAAUCCCGGAAUACAGAGGACGGGGGACAUCUCUCUGGUGGGUUCCUGUAGCUGGAUGACUCCACCAUGGUGUCCUGCUCUGACUCCUCCAUCCCCCCAUCCUCUUCCUCCUCCUCUUUUAUCUCUUCUUUUAGCCUCAACUUUAGGAUCUCUCAGGUUUCCACUC